AUGCAUCUUCGAAUACUCCUCACACUUCUCAUUCUCACCUACUCCACGGCAGCAUCGGGAUGCUCCAAACUCGGCAAGGAUACCGCCCGAUGCGAUUCCUUGCUUUCGUUCAAUGGUACCGCCAGAACAAUUGUGGUCUCGAAUUGUUCUGACUUGAUCGCUUUUGACAAAUCUUCUGACUUUGGGCCAUGGCACGCAGUCGUCAACGUCACCUUCAAUUGUACGGUGACCACUUUCCCAUGGAGAUUUGCGGACGUUUUCCCCAACGUUCGGUUCAUCAACCUUCCCAAAUGCACCCUCACCAGUUUUGCGUGGCAGAGCGUGUACGCCGAACCGCUAAGAAUCCUCGACCUCAGCAAUUGCCCUAUGGAAUGCACUUGCGCAAAUCAAUGGAUGCGCGCUGAUGGAGCUUUCGGAAAAGUCAGAGCGCCAAAGACAUUGCGGAACUGUUUGCCAAGCUGUGUUCAACCAAGGCUCAAAAUCAACGAAACGGUUAUCACUAAGAAAGCGGGAGAGAAUGUGACAAUCCACGUGGACAUCCAAGGAAUCCCGCUGAACCGGAGCAUAGCAAAGUGAGUGCUGAUCUUGGCAGUUUCAGAUCGUGAUCAUUCACGCCGUUUGAUAUAAUUACUUCGCGUACACUUAUAGAUCAUUCCUCACUAACUCGAUCGUAGUAAUCAUUUUACGUUCAAGAACUUCCAGAAACGUUCAAAAUCACAGUUUCUAUUCUUGAGUUCAAUAAGAUCCCAGUGUCUCUUUUUGCACCGUCCACCGGCGUUCAUUUCUGUUAUUCUCACUCUCUUGCUGAUUGGCGAGAGCCUCUUUGCUAAAACGGGGCCGCCGGUCGUGUAUGAUGCGACGAUAAGAUCACGUUAGAGCAAAUAACAAAUUUUUGCGGUGCGCAUAAUUGCGGAACUUUCUUCUUCCUGUUUUCCGGCUUCUAGAAGCUUGUGAUCUUGAAAUGUUGAACCGAUUACCUGUCAACAAUGUUCCACAACCUACAAUUAGCGAACACAAAUUCACCUGUCCUCGUGGCUCUUCAUAUUUUGAAGCGCACGUUGGUGCGAGAGGUUAAAAAUAAGCGGGGAGCGUUGAAACUCGGCGAGGAUUAUUCAAAAGUUUAGCUGACGUUUGCAGGGGAUCAGGAAGAUUAUGAAGCUGGCCGAAAAAUAUGAUUUAUUUUAGGCCGUAUUUCGACAGGGCUUUCAUGAAAAGCCCACACAACUACACGGAGAUUAUCACGCCGACCAGUGCCGAAUUGACCAUUUCCAAUCUGACCUACGAGGAUAUCGGCAUUAUUUCCGUCCGCUGUUGGCAAUGCGCCGAUUAUUUGUCGGCCAAAGUUGAGGUAAGCAAUCAAAAGACCCAAAUUCGAUUACCUGGCCGAGAAGGUUGAUUCGAUUGUUGCCCUCUAACAUUCCUAAUUGGCCCGUUUGUUGUGCAUGUGCUCUAUUCGAUUCUCGUGGCUGAUCAGCGAAGUGUGCAUCAUGGCGCGUCGUGAAGAUUUCAAAAAUAAUGUGUAAGAUAGUGUGUGCGCAUAAACAAUAUUUUUUGUUGCUUAUUCUCACGGCCGAAUGCAUUUCGUCUCUUCUCGGAUAAAGCGCAUCAAGUUCCCAUAUUUAAAUUAGAUCUCCUCCUCUUGCACGCAUGUCGCCGCACUUUCGGAAUUCAUAAACAGCGGAAAGGGGGUGAAAGAAAGAGCAGGAUGUUGUUCAGAGCGGAAAGAAAGUUGUAGAUCUUAAAGAGAACCAAUUAAAAUUUGUGUUAAUGAAUAGAAUCGAAUUGAAAAGAAACGGAAUCGGAAAAGAAAACGGAAAAACCGGCACAAACAAUAUUGAUGAUGAGGUGAUGCAAUGAGUUAUCCGGAUUUCUAAUUUUGCAGCUUCGUGUGAAUCUUCCGCUAAAAGUGGAGUUUGUAGAGAAGACGAAGGGUGACACGGACUUCCUGGUUGUACAGGGACAUCCCAUCGAGAACAUCACUUUGACAAUAACCAGGGUAGAAAAAUACUCGCUCUCAUGUUCAAAUAGAAAAAAGGAAACGUUUCAGAUGGACAGCAAUGUGAGCGAAAUAAGGAUCCUCGACUCUGAAAAUGAUUCAAUCUUCUUUUCAAGUCUCAUUGUCAGACAGGAAACUCAGUAAUUCUGAUUUUAGGUUGCUGAAGCCCUUUUCUAUUAUUUUUCAGUAUGAAGUCCGUUUUCUUCCAACGGACCUACCGUAUCUUCACCAAAGACAUCGCUGACGGUGACCAUUUGUCAGGUGAUCUUCGAUUCAAAGUUUGCACGGAAGGCAGCUGCGAUGCCGUUGAGAAGCAUGUCUCACAUUUAGGGGUAAUUACUAUUUAGACUAUGUAGGCAUUAUUUUGCAAAAGAAAUUUGAAAACAGCUAUAAUAAGUUGUUACAAAAGGUCGCGAACAUUGAACACUUUGCAGAUUUCGACGGAAGAAACGAUAUUGGUCAACAGGACAGGAGUUAAUGAAAUUUUUAUCAUUCUAUUCGUCAGUCUUUGCAUACUUCUCACACUUCUCACUUUUGCUAUAGUGAUCUUCUGGAAGAAGUUGCCCAAGUGGGCACGAGAAAGGGUACGCUCUAUUUCAUAAUUCGACUUAUGACUCGCAGACUAUCACCUGUCCUGCCUAGUUUCUGAUUCAUGAUCAAACAUCACAUUUUGUAGCUUAUCGGCGUCCGAAAACGAAUUUCCCUGGCACAAGGUAUGACUUCUCGACGUGCAAGCCACGAAACGGAAGAAACACUGCUGAGAUUAGGUAAGCGAAGCAGUGAACAAAAAUGGAAAGAUUAUGACUGUUAGGGAGAUUUCCAGAAGAAAGGUCUUCUCUGGCAUCUGACUAUUCGAAUCAACUUAUUCCAUUCAUCGAGAUCGGCGAUAUCAAGACUCACGAGAAAAUUGGAAAGGUGAGCACAUCCGAGUCAACCACUGAUCACAUUGUGUUUGUUUUCUAAUUCAGGGCAUGUUUGGACAAGUCUACUGCGGAUCGUGGGAGAAGACGGGACCGCGGUCUGUGGCCGUGAAAGUUAUCGAACAAGCGGACCGAAUGAUUGAGAAAGAGGUACUUUUUGUGCAUGUGUGUAAGCACUCUUCGUGCGCCUUCGGGACGACCUACUCAUCUUGCUCUAAGUGAAAAACAGUUGAGAAUAUACUUGUUGACGAGAAACGGCAUCACACAUCUCAUUUAUCUUUUCAUUCAUUCAACAACUUAUUGCCUUUUUUCUAGGCGAGGGAAACUUUAACUCAAUUCUGAAAAAAAUGAGAGGGAACAUAAACGCCAAGCAGUCAAACUCGAAGAAGUUCAUUGAGACUAACAUAAAUCACUUUUUAGGCAGCGACCAUAAACCGACUGGACCAUCCGAACAUUGUGAAGUUGUACGGUGUAACGCGCGACCACAGCAAUCUCCUGCUUGUUUUCGAGUUGAUGAAUCUCGGUAAGCACAGAAACCGUAUCCUUUGGGGACGCUCCUCUUUCCAGAUCUCUAGUUGUACAACUAGCAAUCUUGUUGAUUAGUGAGUAGCUCCUUGAGGAAUUUCUAGUCGUUUGCACAUUGAUAACACCUCCUUCUUACACCAUAACACAUUCGAUCAGCGGAACAGAAAUGUUGGCAUAACAAAAAUUUUAUCUUUUCGAAAACACAAAAUGUGUGCUGGAAAUAGUAGGGAGGGGGGGAUUAGCAGUGGGUACAAUGUUCCGUCCGGUACAAAUCCGAUUAUAUUAUUCAAGCAGAAAAGCAAAAAAAUAUAAUCAAAUGGAGUGUCGUCGUCAAAUAUUAUCAUAGUGGAUAAACCGGGAUCAUAUGUACUUGUGUAACCAUGUACUUGUAAUCCAAAUCCAAAUCCAAAUCCGAAUCCGAAUACGACUCCGUACAAUGUUUUGUUGGGUUUUUCAGGCGAGCUCAGGACCUACGUGCGUAUGCGAUCUCCGGAAAUUGAACAAAUCGGAAGACGGCCGCCUGCGUUGACUGUGGAAGAAUUGAAAAGGAUCGCCUACGAAAUCAUCACCGCCGCCGUUUACCUCAAAUCUCAACAGAUUGUGCAUCGCGACAUAGCCGCCAGAAACUGUCUGGUGUCCGGAGAGUCGGAUAUGGGAUGCAAGACCCCGGCAGACAGACCACCCAUCCGAGUGAAGGUUAGUGAAACCGAAAGAAGUGUUCCGACGGCAAUUUUAUGCAUCUUAGAUUUCCGACUUUGGAAUGUCGCGCCGUUUGUACAGCUCUGCGGACUACUACACUAUGGAGCACAAAGGAAUGCUCCCAAUUCGUUGGCUCCCGCCAGAGGCCUGUAAAAUCCACAAGUUCACUUAUAUGAGCGAUGUUUGGUAAGAUUGCUGAGUUUUGCUGCAUUGAAAAUUUUUCUUGUUUCCAGGGCGUUGGGUGUCACUAUCUGGGAAUGUUUCUCGUACGGUGGAUUGCCGUUUGGUGAACUGACUAACACUGAAGUCUCCUCGUUUGCUCUUAAAAGGGAAAAUAGUAAGUUCAUCUAUUAAAAAAACUUUAAGCAUUUGAAAAUAUUUCAGUGGAACUCAUCCCGGAACAGCCGCCACAUUGUCCGGACCAUGUGUACGCGUUCAUGAAAAAAUGCUGGAUAAUCGAUCCGCAAAUGCGAGCAACUGCUGAGGAGUUGCUCGCCGACGAGAUGUUUGAUUUCAUCCGCACAGAACAAUCGUCGGGCGCGAAGCGGUACCCAUCUACACCAAAUGUUCCACUUCCCUCCGUGGACUCGGACCGCAUCGAAGAGACCAGUUUCGUCGUGGCUUCGUCAUCUAUGGACUACAUAAUGCCGGGAGAAACAAUCCGAGGAGCCCGCUUUGUGCCGACCUUCAAUAAUCGACCGAGACAGCCGGUUAUUAUUGAAGAGAGCUCUCCGAUUAGCGCCAAAAGAGAAUUUUCCGUUGUCGACGAAAACGUACCCGCUGUCAUAUCCACGGAAGAUAUUCCCAUACUUGCAAACGCAUAA